ACGUCGGUAUUCCAAUAAAUUUCGUAUACAAUAGCAAGGGAAUUCGAACACUAGUUCGACACAUUUGGUGCCACUUGGUAUCACCCUAAACUAUUCCCAUAAGCUUGCGAGUUUUUACCGAAUUCUUUCCAUUUCAAUAUGCCGUAUCGCGUUCGAAACUUUAAAAUGUGACUAUUUAAUCACCGAAAUAAUUAUGGACGCUUGCUUCGUAGCUUUCGAUAAAGACGGGGACGGGUAUUUGAAUAUCGACGAGUUUAAGUUGCUGACUAGAGCGCUGUUUCGUAACGACCGAGGAAAAAUUUAUCAUUUAGAAGAUCAAAAACUACGAGACCUUUUCGACAUUUUUGAUUCGAACGGAGACAAUCGAAUCGAUAAGAGCGAAUUUACGUUUUGUUGGAAUCACUGGAUUAAAAUCAUUGUUCGUCCCAUAUCAGCUUUCCUGGUCGUGGACGUGCAGAACGAUUUUAUCAGCGGAACCCUAAACAUUAGCAACUGUUCGGCUCAGCAAAACGGUCAAGAUGUAGUCGAACCCAUCAAUAAGUUGCUAGAGACUGUGAAGUUCGACGCGGUUUUCUACUCCCUCGACUGGCACCCCAGCGACCAUGUUUCGUUCAUCGAAAAUAUUAAAGAUAGAGAAAUCGAUCCGAGUAGUUUGGUGACCGCCGAUACUGCCCAAACGUACGACACGGUAGUAUUUUCUGGAUCACCACCGCAAAAGCAGAGACUAUGGCCCAGACAUUGCGUCCAAGAUACUUGGGGAUCAGAACUACAUAAAGAUUUAAAAGUGGUCGAAAACGCCAUCAAAGUCUACAAAGGCACUAAUCCUGACGUCGAUUCCUAUUCGGUUUUCUGGGAUAACAAAAAAAUGACCGAUACCACUCUGUGCGCGCAACUGCGUCUACGCAACGCUACUGACAUAUAUAUCUGCGGUUUGGCUUACGAUGUGUGUGUGGGUGCCACAGCUGUGGAUGCCCUCGCCAUCGGCUACAGGACUAUUUUAAUUGACGAUUGCAGUAGGGGAGUGGAUUUGUCCGAUAUCGAAAAAACCAAAAACACGGUGUUAACAAAUAGCGGCGUUAUAGUCAACUCUUCCCAAGUUAAAGCGAUGGUGGAAGGUCGAGAUAGAAGGCCAGAGUUGGGUUAUAAAUUAGCCGUAGAGCUUAACGCCAAUAAAAACAAUUAAU